GCGGAUUUGGUGCUGAAGCUCAGGAGCCACGGCGGGGAGCUACCCCCGAGGAGUGGACCAAGAUCGAGCUCAAGCAGCGGAUUCCGGACCUGAUCCAAACCGGCGAGAUGGUGGAGAUCAAGAAUGUCAAGGAGAAGUCGCCCAUGCCGACGGCGGUGACCGAGCUCAGCAAGCACAGCCGUCGCAAGGCCGAGUUGAUCCAGUACGUGACGAACGAGUACAACAUCGUGCCGACCUCGAACGACACCAUCGGGACGAUCCAGCGCAAGGCGAUGGCUGCGAUCCUCAACAACACCACGCCUACCGGAGCAGACCAGAUGGGGUUUGGGAAGUUCUCGGCCCGAACGUAUCAAAGCGUACUGGAGGAGGAGAUAAUCGAGAAGACCCGGGUGAUGGCCAAGGCGAAGGAGCGACUACGGGCAACUCCCAAGAAGGGCUAUGCGGCUGCGACGCCUUCUGCGGCGCCUUCCGGCACAGCAGGCAGUGCGGACGUGAACCUCGAUGCGGUGGCCAACUUGACCAACCUCGUGGCCCACCUGGUCCAGGAGGUCCAGACCUUGAAGGAGGAGCGCAGCGAGAAGCCGAGGAAGCAGUUCGCCAAGGAUGUGGACAUGCCGAAUCCGAAGGACACCGAAUGCCCACGUCAGGCCCCAAACGCCCAACAUUGUUUGCACUACCUCCAAGAGGGGUGGGUUCAGUACUUCGGAUAUCCCAAGUGCUUGCGUUUCGACCCCGCGGGUGCUUUCCGGAGUCAAGCAGUGGAAGAUUGGUGUGACCGCCACAGUGUGUUCCUGGACAUUGUGCCCGGAGAGCCAGACUGGAAGAUAGGAGCAUGCGAGAACGCAGUCCAUGGCGUCAAAGAAGUGAUGCAGAAGCUGUGCCAGUAUGCCCCAGACGAGACAGGCCGAUACCUGUCGGCUAGCCAGGGUCUGCCACCAGACCUGCUGUGUGAGAACAGCCAGGGCGAGUUUGCCGGGCCGUCAACCUACGAAGUGCAGGAGCUUGUUGAAGUGCAGCCCAGAGCUGCUACGGCCUGGUUGACGCUCCAUUGGAAUGGUUCAGAUCAGUCGACGAGUUCUUGCGACAACUCGGAACAUCUCAAGUGGGGUGACUGGGAAGAAGGGAAGCUCACUCAAUGUGGAGUUGUGAAUGAGCAGACGGUAACGAGGAGCUGUCUGGACACGAUGAUCCGCGCGAACACCUUGCUGGCCCACGCGAAGCUCAAGCAGAACUUCAAGAUGAAAAUCCAUGCCCUGCCCUCCGACUCCAACGUGAUGUUUGUGGCUUGGGUAGAUGCGGCCAGCGGCAACCGCAUCGACGGAGGCUCAACUCAGGGAAUCUUCGUCGGGGCAACAACCGAGAACAUCAUGCAGGGCGACGUGUGCGAUGUGAGUCCAGUGAGCUGGCAUUCACAGUGA